GUUGGAGGAGAGAACUUGUCUAUCGAAAUGCUACAGCGCUAAAAAGUUCCAACCCUGGCUGUGAUGUGUAUUACUUUCCUCCAAGUGGCAAGAAGCUGCGAUCAAUGGUUGAGAUUUCUAAUUAUUUAAAUAUCCAUAAUAGCUCUGAGCUAAAUCUAAGCCACUUCACAUUUAAGCGUCUGCCACUGUUCGAGCCACCGUAUGAAACUGUUCGCUCUGCUGGAAAAGUGCUGAACAAAUCAGAGCAAGGUGCCGCUGGGCAAACCAGUCUAAAGAAGUUGAAUAGACCUGCUGUUCGCUUUAAAAAGAUUGGCAACCAUGGAAAGAAAUCUGACCCACAAGUGAAAGUUACAGCAAAGAAACUCGCUUCUUCAGAAUUAGUAAAGCAACUUGCCACAGCUGUUGAAAGCUCACCGACGCAUGACAAGGAAACCACUGUAAAGGUAGCGCCUCCACUCAAAACUGUAAAUGGUUCAGAGUUGCAGAUGGCACCACCUGUAAGAAAUACUGCAGUGAGAGAGCCAGUCAUUCAACUAGUGACAGCUGCACAAUCACACACCAUUACGAAACCUGGUGCUAAGAGAAAACGACCAGAAUCGCCAGAUUGGACACCUAAAUCUCAAGGAUAUUUCGCUAUGAAAAAAGAAGAUUGGAAGAAAGUUAAAAAUACUUUGGCCAAGACCUCAGAUAGUGAUGAUGAUGGUGGUGGUGGUGGUGAUAAAGAUGAUGAUGAGGAUGAUGAUGAUGAUUGUAGUCUGCAGAAUAUGUUAGGGACACCUUCCAAACUUAUUGCCUCAAUUGUGAGACCUGAGUCAUCUAAUGCUGCAACAAACUGGAGAGGAAACUGUACUACGGUUUCUCAGAAUUACAUGUUGAACACCCCAAGCUCUGCCAGAUCUUUGAUUAAUUGUGGCAGCCCAGCGACGACUCCAUCUUUAAAUGACAAAACAGUGUGUUCAGCCAAAUAUUCUGGUGUUGGUGGCAUUUGCUUACAGUGCCGUCAGCACUACCGAAUCAUGUAUGGAAGCCCAGAUUCUAAAAUUUCACUUAAUUCUUUUUGUCUA